AUGACCAGUGUGAGUGGUAUGCCGAAGGUGAGCGUCGUUAAGGUGAACGGCAGCUCCAGCACUAGCAGCUCUAAGGACACCUUAAUAAACGACUCCGUCGAGUGCAGUACAGGAGCUAGUAGUUGCAACGGCUACCAGCCCCUCGUUCAUAAUUAUUACAUGCACAACCAGAAUGGAGGAAACCCACACAGUAGCGGUAGCAACGCAGGCGGGAUUGGAAACUCACAAGACAAGAGUAAUCACAAUUAUCACUCGAGCAAAUCUCCUAGUGGACUGGGGGUCAACGUGGACGAAGGGAUAGAAGAUGAAAAAAAUAAUAAUGGAAGUCAGGAGGUCUCCUCCCUAGAAUCAACUAAUGGAAUUUAUGCAGAUCACAUGGGUCGCCAUAAUGGUACUCAGAUGAAUAAUCAGUUUGCCCAUUUUACAAAUAUGAAUAAUGGCAAGAGAGGGAGUGGGAUUAAUCUUCCGUACGAUGCUGCAUUUAUUAGUACCGACAACCCAGCGAAUCUAAUCGAUUAUGAAAAGACAGGAGGGAAAGACAGUGACGUCAUCCCCCCAGGGGUUCUAGAAUAUCUUAACUACUGCAGCAAGUAUGCUAAUGGGUUCAGCAAUGGGUAUGGUAAUGGAGGGGAGUUCCAGAGCCACAUCUAUGCGAGUGAUGGUCAGGGAAAAAAUGCCCAUGAGAAUGAUGAAGAGUUUUACUCGUUGAAUAAUAAUGCCAUCUGCCCCAGGGGAAGUGAACACUUAUUCAAUGAUGGAAGGACUGGUGAUGAGAAUGCCAACAAUAGUAGGAUUCAUAGAAAUAGCAUGCUGGCUUAUCACGACUCGCCGAAUAAAUAUUUUGAGGGCCGAUCACGUGCAGGAAUUUUUAUGUCGCCCUCCUAUGGAGGGAAGGAUAAAAUUAUGAACAUGUCACAUGGUAAUAACCUUAUUCAUGAGAAUGGAACGUCGACCACGACUACUACCUCCACCACGGCGACUAGCAAAGAUGCUAAUUAUUAUGGACCAUUGCGCCACGAACAUAAUAACACUAGUGUUUUUUUAAAUGGCGAGUGUAAUCAAAUGGCGGAGGAGGAACUGGGCCUGAUGGAAGAGGAUGAACAAGAUAGCGGCAUGAAGUGGCAAAGGUUUAACAACAGCAAGGCUACACACAACGGCUUCCCCCUCAUGGGUACCAUCAACCACAGUGCAGUUUCUGCUUUUCAUAAUGGUGGGGCUAUGCAUAAUGGAAGUCACUUUAAUGGGCUAAACGAUUAUUACCAGAGUCGCAUGUACAGCACGCAUGGCGCAAAUGGCAUGGACGAGGUGGACGCACUAGUAGGGAUGCAGGUGGGCCACAGGGGGUACUACGACGCACUCACUCUGAGCGACUAUCGCGGGUUAAACAAGGGCAUUACCCAAGGAACGAAAAGAGGAAGGAAGAGGAGGAGCGAUGGUGCCAUUGCAUCAAUGGCUGCUAUCGGAAGAGAAGAGCACACACUGCGCAACUGCAACAAUUGCCGUAGCAGUCGCCGCAGUAGUAACCGUAACAUUUACCGAACCUCUCGGCGCGGUAGUCGUUUGAGCAGCCAACGGGCUAGCCGCCGGGGCAGUCGUCGUGGAAGCGGCCCGGGGACAAGCACCGGCACCAACGUCGCCCCUACCAUCUCCCCUAACAUGGCCACUAAUAUCACCCCUAACAUGGCCGCUAACAUCGCCUCCAGUAUCGACCUGAACUUCAGCCUGAGCGGUGCCCGCAAUUACACCGCGAGUCGCGCCCUGUCCCCGUCCACGAACAAUCAGGCCAAGCCAUGCAACUACCAUUUGUUCAAUGUCUCCUUUUCAUAUGUUAAGAAGAGAUACAACUUUAACUCCAGUGUACGAAGGAAUUAUAUUUUCUUCAGGAAGAAUUAUUAUGGGACAAGGAAGCUGUGGUUGCAGCUAAACAUGCGAAAGCGUGUAUGUGGGUCUGUUGCCCUAAGGAUACUCGCUGCUGCUGCUGCUGCUGGUACAGGCGCGAUAAGUGAGGGAAGAAGAAGCUACUACCAAAUGGUUCGUAAUUUUGUUACCAGUGGAGAAGGAGAAGUAACGGCUCUGAGUUCCUUUGCGUAUGCGAAGGGAGGAGUAAGACGAGGUGACAUGGGAAGAGCAAGAGGAACGGAGCACGAGGAAGAAGAAAACGAUAUUAUAUUAAUAAACGAACAGAGUGGAGGAGAAGAGGAUGAAAAAAAUUGCAGCCUGAACAAAAAUGUGAAAAAAAGGAGAAAAAGAAGAAAAGGAGUCCUCACAGUAGCUAAAAACAAAUCAAAGAGGGCUCGUGGCAAGAACAGACUAAUUACAGAGGAUAAGAAAAGGACCCUUGGAGCAGUGGGAAGAACAGGAAGAAGUAGAGCAAGAGGAGCGAACACAACUACAAGCAAAUUAUACAACAGCCCACUAGGAAUGCGUAUUAAUGGUAGUAGUAGCAGCACGGUAAGCGAUAGGUACAAAAACUCCUCAUCCAUGCGAUACACAGGAAAUGCAAAUGUAAGCACGAACAACAAGGGCCACUACAUGAAUAACAAUAGCUUAGUGGAUGACCUCUCAGAUGAAUCUUUCCUCAAUGACACUGCGAGAGGAAACAAAACAGAUGAUGAGUGCAUAUACAGAGGUAACAACAGAAAGGAGAAACAAAAGGUCAAGGUGAAGGAGGACAAAAUAAUAAUAUGCAGUGACAGUAUGCAUUUGUGUAAGUAUUUAAGUGAUGAUGAUAUCACGUACGAACUGUACUGCAAUUAUUUUUUUAAAUCGUUGGAGAGCAUUUCUGUGGCUAGCUACUUGAGGUAUUUCAAAAUUGUUAAUAGGAAGAGGCUUAAGUUGAAGGCCAAGCGCAUGGCGCCGCAGCUGACCUUCAACUACCAGACCUUCCUCACCUCCAUCCUUAGCACCAAUGAGUGGAAGCACCGGGGCGGGGUGGAAGUGAAGGAGGAAGUGGCGCAGCUGGGCGACGACGCGAAUGAAACCAACGACGCGAAUGACGCCAAUGAAACGAACGAAACGAACGAAACGAACGAUGCGGGCGAGCAAAAGGGAGACGCCUGCGCGGAGGAGGAGGAGGAUGAGGUUGUCACCAAAGCGGAUGAAUCGGUUAGAGAGGACGAAUCGGUGAAAGAGGAUGAACCGGAUGAAUCAGACAAAGAAUACGAAUCGGUUAAAGAGGAUGAGUCGGUUAAAGAGGAAGAAUCGGUUAAAGAGGAAGAAUCGGUUAAAGAGGAAGAAUCGGUUAAAGAGGACGAAGCGAACGCAUCAGUUAAAUAUGAAGCGGAUGCAGCUGAUGAAGCGAAUGACGCGGACGCAUCAGUUAAAUAUGAAGCGGAUGAAGCCAAUGCCGCGAAGGAAGCUAACCAAUUGAGCAGAGACCAGCGCACCCUGCAGCGGCUGCUCAACCAGGACAGCGAGGAUAUACUCGAGUGCACCCCAAGAAACCCCACAUUCCUCUUCUUCAUUCACAACAGCACCCUGGUCACAUGCUUUGAAAAUAUCCUCAAAAAUAAAGUGAUAAAGACCAAGUACAUUAAAUGCCUUAGGGAAGUGUUACUCAACUUGAGGGAGAAAUUCGGUGACGUCGUUUUGUCUGCUCAGUUCCGUGGAGUGGGAGGGACCCGACUGAUCCAUGAUCAUUACAAUGAAGGGUACAUCCAGGGGGAGUUGGAAGAUAUCGGUGACAGCUUCAAGGAGUGCUAUGAGGAAGGAGAAGAGAGUGGUGACGAUGGAGGAGACAUGCUGCACGUGGCCAGUGCGAGUGGAAUAUUGGGUACAGAAUCGGUGAGAAGACAUAGAGGAAGAAAUGUUGAUGUUGGAGAAGAUGGCGAGGCGGGAGCAACAGGAACAGUGAUGAGUGGCACUGCAACGAAUGGUGGUGAAAAGAAACGAGUGAGAGGCAGUGGAGGUGGUCGUGGAGGUACAUCACCUGGUCAUACGAACAAAAGAACAAGGGGUACUGGUAUGCAGUCAAGUCGAUCAAGAGGUCGAGGAGGAGCCGCCGCCACCGCGGAAGCAGCAGCACAUGGCAAUGCCGCCAGCGGGUACUCCUUAAGAAGGAAGGGAGCCAAUGGAAAAAAAUUCAGCUACCGUAAUUUUGAACAAAAGUACAGUAAUAAAUAUUUUAUUAACGAGGAUGCGUACCCUACCAAGGACGCAUGCAUGAGUGGAAAGCGACGGAAGACUCACCAAGAACAGCAAGAGGGCGCCAUGCUUGCACCGAUGGAACAAUUCUACAAUGGAGCCGCAGAGGGAGAAAAAUUCGAGGACAUGGAAGCCAUGGGAUAUCACCAGCAUAUGAUGCGAAGAAGUUUAAACGAAACCGUGAUGAACAAUAUGAACGAAAUGAACUACAAUGAUCAUAUGAACUUAAAUGAUUUUCAUAUAAAAGGGGAAAUGAAGGAUGCUAAUGAAGCAAAUUAUAAUUAUAACAUGGAAGAAAUGGGUAGGAGAAAACCUGGAAGAGGUGCAGGGAUGCACAUUGUGGCCGAGAACAACAAUGGUGAACAUGGCGAGUACAAUCAUGAAGGAAUGGUGGUAGAUGUGAAGGAUGAAAUGUCUGUGGAAAACAAUGCACAUGAGCAGCAGCAUGGGAUGAGAAUGGCGACGACGACCACCACCACUACCCCCUGUGUUGACACAGAUGGAGGAAAGAGCAGCAUGGGAGGAGUAGAAGGUACGAAUGAAAAUAUUGGGGGAAGUGCGGAAGGAGGAUUGAACACUUCGUCUUCCACAAAUGAUAACAGCAUGAUCGGUGUGGACAACAGCGUAGGUGUGGAUGUAAAAGGAAGGAACAAGAAUAAAAACCCUGAAAAGGUAGAAGGAGAAAAGGUUAAGAGGAGAAGGAGAAGCAAUGCUAAUAAGAAUAAUGAAUUGAGGACAUAUGGAGGAGUCUUGAAGGAGAACCCAAAUAACUACAUGUACAAGAAUUUUUCCACACAUAAAAAGGCAAGUAAUUUUUCUUGUUUAAAUUUUAAAGAAAUAAAAGAUAUGCUGAAAGAUUUGACUGUGUUGAAAACGGGUUCUAAUUGGAAAACGUACAAGAUGGAAGAUGUACCCAGCGAGCUGUAUAAGAACAUUCGCCCGAUUAACCAACGGGUGACUGGGUUCAAGACUGUGUUGCUUGUGGAUGAGCUGUUCGAGAGACUGUGGGAGUUCCCCAGCACGGAAGUCAUUAAGGUGCGCACUGUCACGCGUGGAGACCAGUUCAUCGGGGACGUGCGAAUUGACUUUUACUACCGCCAGAGCGAGCGCACCCUCUGCCGCGCGUGCGGCCGCCACAUCCUCAAGCAGAAGUUCGCCACGGAGCACUACCAGAGGAAUAUAAACUGCUGGAAGGAAGUCAUGUGGAGAUUGGGCAUCCCCGAGUUGCACUACUACAACUCAGUUCAGAACGACUUCUUCGAAUCGCGCCCCGUUAACAUGGAGAACAACAACGACCAGGCGAUGCUGGAUCGCACCCUGACGCUGUACAACCAGGAGCUAAUCAGGAAGGCCACGGAGUUUGUGAACGACGAGCUAAAGUACUACGAAGAAAACGUGGUGACCAAGCCAAGAAAGAAUAAAGGAGGAGCUAACCAAUGCUUUGAGCUAGACAUUUUGAUCCUCGACGACAACAACAUAAUCCUACCGACAGUGAAAAACGAAAUGGAUGAACCCUAUUUUGAAAUUUCUGGUAUCUACCCUAAUAAUGGAUUCCCGGAUGAAAAUUAUUCAAAGAAUUUCUGCUUCAUAAAAAUAACCUUUAAUAAGUUAGGAGGAAUGGUGUUGAGGGAUUUGUUCACGCUGGAGUGUGAGUUCCUAGUCGACUGGGGAGAUAAUUUAUUAAUACAAGCAAAGAAGUACACAUUGCAUGAAGUAUAUAACACUUCUGAAUCGCAUGACAUUAAUUUAAGGAAUUUAUAUGACCAAGGGUUUGCUUACCUACGAUGUAACGUUCCUCAAAAGAGCAACGGCAAGGUCAAUUUAAAAGUUCGUAUUCCUAAAACGGUGUGGCAUUACUGGGAAGCCAUAGCAGAUGAGACACUAAAAAUUAAUUAUGAGUUUUUAAAUAAGAAUACUGUGUGCAGGCAAUUACUGUUCUGUUCUUACAUGGACAAUGUGAAUAAGAAUAUCGCUCAAUAUGUGAAGAAUUCCUCCAAAGGGGGAGUGGGAGUAGGAGGAGAAGGAGCAGCAGCAGCAGGGGGGGGGGAUGUUUGCGCCAGCGGCAGUGGCAAUGGCUACGGCAUGGAUGGCGCUGUAGAAAAUUGCAACAACGACAAUAGGAUGGACCAGGCGAUGCAGAAUUCGAUGGACAACUCGAUGGACCAUUACUCCCCUUACCACUCACACCACCAUGGUAUGCACCACCACGGAGCCAACGAUCCCAACGGCAUCCCAUUUGACUACCCAAACAUGGAGGACGAGUACCCCCACAGGACGUCUUUCAUGGAAGGGAAAAAAGUGAAAGGGGGAGGAGGGGAUAACGGAAACGGCAGUGGUGGCAACGCUAGCAGAGGUGGUAACAAUAACAACGCAAGUGCAAACGGCAACCACCACCCCCAUGACCCAUCAGAGCACAUUUCCGUAGGAGGAAAAGUUAUGCAUUACGGAUUUGGGUCCCCUAAAUCACAAAUGAACAACCUUACCGGCACCAUGAACGCGGGCAGACUUAUGUAUUUGCAUAAUAAUUCAUACACUAGCAUGGACUACGCCCUCAUGAAUAACCUACCCCCUCUCCACGCAUUCCCCAACUACACCAUCAGCAGCAUGCAAACAGAAGCCGACACCAACUUUGCUAAAAAUUUUGAUCAGUACAACUCCCACAUGGAAUUGAACUACUGA